AUGGCCGGAGCGGCGGCGGCGGUGGCCGCGGGAGCAGCAGCUGGAGCCGCCGCGGCAGCCGUGUCGGUGGCGGCUCCGGGCCGGGCCUCGGCAGCCCCGCCGCCCCCGCCGGUGUACUGUGUGUGCCGGCAGCCGUACGACGUGAACCGCUUCAUGAUCGAGUGCGAUAUCUGCAAGGACUGGUUCCACGGCAGCUGUGUUGGAGUAGAAGAACAUCAUGCCGUUGACAUUGACCUGUAUCACUGUCCCAACUGUGCACUUCUACAUGGUUCCUCCUUGAUGAAAAAGAGGAGGAACUGGCACAGGCAUGACUACACAGAAGUUGAUGAUGGUUCCAAACCAGUGCAGGCUGGAACUAGAACUUUCGUGAAGGAACUACGUUCUCGAGUCUUCCCAAGUGCCGAUGAAAUCAUUGUAAAGAUGCAUGGCAGCCAGCUGACACAAAGGUACCUGGAGAAACACGGAUUUGAAGUCCCUAUAAUGGUCCCCAAAUUAGAUGAUCUGGGACUCAGGCUCCCGCCACCAACUUUUUCUGUCAUGGAUGUGGAACGUUAUGUAGGUGGUGACAAAGUAAUAGAUGUCAUUGAUGUGGCAAGGCAGGCAGACAGCAAAAUGACACUUCACAAUUAUGUGAAAUACUUCACGAAUCCCAGCAGACCAAAAGUGUUAAACGUGAUCAGCCUUGAAUUUUCAGAUACAAAGAUGUCUGAAUUGGUGGAGGUUCCUGAUAUAGCCAGAAAACUUUCCUGGGUGGAAAAUUAUUGGCCAGAUGAUUCAGUCUUUCCCAAGCCAUUUGUUCAGAAAUACUGCUUAAUGGGAGUUCAAGACAGCUACACAGAUUUCCACAUUGAUUUUGGUGGGACUUCAGUUUGGUACCAUGUCCUCUGGGGCGAGAAGGUUUUUUAUUUGAUAAAGCCAACAGAUGACAAUUUGGCCCUCUAUGAAUCUUGGAGUUCAUCUGUGACCCAGAGUGAAGUGUUCUUUGGAGAUAAGGUGGAUAAAUGCUACAAAUGUGUGGUAAAGCAGGGACAUACCUUAUUUGUUCCUACAGGGUGGAUUCAUGCUGUGCUCACUUCUCAGGACUGUAUGGCUUUUGGGGGGAACUUUCUGCACAACCUUAACAUUGGCAUGCAGCUCAGGUGUUACGAGAUGGAAAAAAGACUUAAAACACCAGAUCUUUUCAAAUUCCCUUUCUUUGAAGCCAUAUGUUGGUUUGUAGCCAAAAACUUGCUGGAAACCCUAAAAGAACUGAGAGAAGAUGGUUUUCAGCCUCAGACUUACCUAGUACAGGGAGUGAAAGCGCUGCAUACUGCUUUAAAAUUAUGGAUGAAAAAAGAACUUGUAUCUGAACAUGCCUUUGAAAUUCCAGACAAUGUUAGACCUGGACAUCUUAUUAAAGAACUUUCUAAAGUAAUUCGAGCAAUAGAGGAGGAAAACGGCAAACCAGUUAAAUCUCAGGGAAUCCCUUCUGUGUGUCCAGUUUCACGGUCCUCAAGUGAAGCAGCUUCCCCAUACCAUUCCCGACGAAGGAUGCGGAAACUUCGAGACCACAAUGUCCGAACUCCUUCCAACCUCGACAUCCUGGAGCUCCACACGAGGGAGGUGCUCAGAAGACUGGAGAUGUGUCCCUGGGAAGAGGACAUCCUGAGCUCAAAACUGAAUGGAAAAUUCAACAAACAUCUCCAGCCAUCUUCCACAGUACCUGAAUGGAGAGCGAAAGAUAAUGAUCUUCGAUUACUGCUGACAAAUGGAAGGAUAAUUAAGGAUGAGAGACAACCCUUCACAGAUCAGAGUCUUUAUACAGCAGAUAGUGAAAAUGAAGAGGAUAAGAGAAGGACAAAAAAGGCAAAAGUGAAGAUGGAAGAGAGUUCAGGAAUAGAGGGAGUGGAGAAUGAAGAGUCUCAAAAACCACUUAACAGGUUUUUAACAAGUGUGAAAUCAGAACUCAGGAAUCGAUCAUCUGAAUAUUCUGAUAUUUCUGAUUCAGAAGACUCUGGACCUGAUUGCACUGCACUGAAAAAUAAUUUUACCACUGAAGAGUCUGAAAGUUCAGGUGAUGAAAAGAAACAAGAGAUAACAUCAAACUUUAAGGAAGAAUCUAAUGUGAUGAGGAACUUCCUUCAAAAGAGCCAAAAGCCAUCUCGAAGCGAAAUUCCAAUUAAAAGGGAAUGUCCUACCUCGACGAGCACAGAGGAAGAAGCUAUUCAGGGCAUGCUGUCUAUGGCAGGGUUGCACUAUUCCACGUGUUUACAAAGGCAGAUUCAAAGCACAGACUGCGGUGGUGAAAGACCCUCUCUCCAGGACCCCAGCAGCUGCCACAGCAGUAACCAUGAGGUCAGGCAGUUGUAUCGCUGUGAUAAGCCAGUGGAAAGUGGAUAUCAUGUCAAGACUGAAGAUCAAGAGUUGAGGAGUUCUUCCUGGAUUAAACAAUUUGAUACAACUUCCAGAUUUAAUCUUCAGGAUCUAAAUAGAGGCCAGAAAUGCAUCAAGAAGGAAGUUUCAUCAGAAAUCAGUCAGAAAGUACAAAGUAGGAAUUCUGUGGACAGCAGUGGCUCAAGCCUUCAGAAUGCAAAGUAUACGCAGAGUUCAAGCUUGAUAUCAGGGGCGUGCCAGCUAAGUAAUGGCAGUAUAAGCCCAGAAAGGCCUGUUGGUGAAACUUCCUUUUCAGUGCCCCUUCACCCCACCAAGAGACCUGCGUCAAAUCCACCACCUAUCAGCAACCAGGCAACAAAAGGUAAACGUCCAAAAAAAGGAAUGGCAACAGCCAAACAGCGUCUCGGGAAGAUCCUUAAACUGAACAGAAAUGGCCACGCACGUUUCUUUGUGUGACGGAGCUGCGGCCGUGGCCACUAUUCCCUUCGGAGACUGGUCUUGGGGUGCGGGAGCCUGGAGCUUCCACGCACCCCACUGAAGCAGUUUGCAUGUACAGUAGGGAACACUGCCUGAAGAACAAAAUGAACCUGAUGCUGCAUUUUCACUGUGCCACACCCACUCAGCAAUAACCAUUUUGGACCUGGUGGGGAGAGGAAGA